AUGAAUUAUCAACAAGAAGCUGCGAGUAAUCUUGAACUUGAUCUGAAACUAAAUAUACUGGAUUCAUCUUUGCCCACUGAGAGCUCAACUUCAUCGUUAUGCUCGGAGGAAGCUGAAGGUGGAGGAGGAGAGGCUAAAUCAAUGGUGGUCGUUGGUUGCCCUAAUUGCAUCAUGUACAUCAUCAUGUCUUUGGAGAGUGACCCUAGAUGCCCUAGAUGCAACAGUCAAGUUUUGCUUGAUUUUCUCUCAGGAAACUGUAGCAAGAAGAGCAUCGAUUAA